UCCGUCAUAAGAGUUUGACUGGGACCUGCACGUCUUAUCGUUCUAUGGUUAAUCUGUCAGUUUGUGUCCAGUAUUGAAUUGAACAGGUGAAAAGGGUUAAAUAUAAUAACUUUUUGCAAUGGCUCUCGCUGAUGCGAUGCUGCCAUCAAUUACUACCUUUUCCACCAGCCAGACUAUGGAAGAGAGACAGUCUGCAAUUGUCCAUGACUGGAAAGUUGCUGGCUGCAAUACAAGCGCAACAGGUGACAACCUGAGAGCCCAGAUCGAAGUGGAGUUCAGUAUCGUUGAAUCACCUGCGGUGACCAGAGAUGAAGACCUGGGGGAAUUCUUGGAUUUAGAGUUCAUUUUAUCCAACACCAUUGGAUCUGAAAGUGGAGCCACCACUAACAACAACGUAUCAUCUCAACAGUUGUGUUCCUUCUCACUGCCUGAGUCGCCGGAAAGCUGCAGCACAGGGCAUGAUAGUGACGGCUGUCAACUCACACCCAACGCUUAUGCCAGCUAUAACUUCAACACAAGUCCUGGACAUAGUCUUGUAGCCGAGUUGCUGACCCCCGAGAUGAACUAUCAGAGCGACACACUGUCAGACUACAGCCUGAAGCAGCCUUCCACGGACAGGCGGGAGUAUACGGAACUGCGAGCCUUGAACACAACCACUACAGCCCACUUACAGGUGACCAACUCUCAUCCCACCGGAUAUAAAAUAAAGACCGAAACCACUGAACAGUCUUGCAUGAUGGCAGGUGACUUCAUGGGAAACAUGUACGAACAGAAACACAUGCGUUCCAUGCACACAGCGUAUGCGCACCAUCAACCUCCUGUUCAGGGGUUUGUACCGCACUGCAUGCAACAGAAUGGUUCCCGAAACGGAAUGGGGCGCAAGGACUGUCACUUGGCGGACAUAAACUCUCAUCACCAGCAUUCUAAUUCGGCACACCCGCAACAUUACGUGCAAUAUCCACCGCAGUACGUGCAUCACCAGGGCGGCCAGCAAUACCAUGGACAGUACGGGAUGUUCAGGGAACCCAUGCGGGUGCACCACCCGUCCAUGCCCGGGGUGAUACUGACCCCACCAUCAUCGCCACUUUUGGAGUUCUACGCACCAGAAGACAGCAAACCAAAACGGGGACGACGAUCUUGGGCGAGAAAGCGCACAGCAACACACAGCUGUGAAUUUCCUGGAUGUGGGAAGACUUACACGAAGAGUUCCCAUCUUAAGGCUCAUAUGCGAACACACACAGGUGAGAAACCAUAUCAUUGCAAUUGGGAAGGCUGCGGUUGGAAAUUCGCGAGGUCUGACGAGCUGACCCGUCAUUAUAGGAAGCACACUGGUCACAGGCCUUUCCAGUGCCACCUGUGCGAGAGGGCCUUCUCGCGUUCCGAUCACCUCGCGCUGCAUAUGAAGAGGCACAUGUAAACAGUCUUUCAACGUUCUAUUUUUGUAUCAUAGCGUUGGACACAUGUAAAUACUUGUACAUACAUAUGAUAAUUUUCUUCUAAAUUAUGGUUGUGCAGUAUUUAAGGAAAAGGAUAGCCUUUCUCGCUUACUCUUCCAUUUAAAUUAUUGAGUGUUGGUGAUUGGUUGUUAUUUUGGCUUUUGAAAUAAAACACUGAACAAGGGCAGGACCCAUUAUUUUUGUACAUAGGCCUACCUUUUAAUGGUCAUUGGUUUUCUAUCACUUAUAAUGAUGGCAUGCAUCAUGUUGAAACUUUAGCAUCAGGUCAGGGUUUUUUAUAUUUUGCUGCUGUUUAUGACAUCAGACUUUUUACAAUAAAAUGCUGUAUAUUUGGAAAUUGAUAUUUUUGUCUUAACAUUGUUUAGAUGGCUCAUUAUGCUUCUUAAAGUGCUCUUAAUUAAAUCAGGUACUAAACUCUGCCUUUCAAUGUUUCAUAUGUUUUGUUUCAAUAAUGAUGCUAAAGGAAAUGUUCUCCCAAAACUGUACUUGAAGCUCUGGAAAAAUUAUUUAGAGUAUAAGGGCAAGGUAUUUUCAUUCUUGGA